AUGGAGGUUGGAGAAAACACACUGUACCAGCAACUUCAUAAGCUAUCAGGGGUGAAGUCCGAAGAAGCUCUUGACCAAUUGAUUUCUGCUCUCUGGAAAACCAGGAAGACUGGUCUCCGUGGUCACCAUGACAAGUCCCAUUUCCAGACCCUCCUCAAUCUCCCUUCUCUCUCCGACCUCGACCCUGUUUUGGCAUGCCUUUGUUCGAUGAUUAGAAAAUGCGCCUAUGGAAACUUCAGUGGCGAUGAUCUUCUUAAGCUUGUUUCGCCUGAUUUGCCUGUUGAUCUUCAGCAAAUGCUUUUGCUUUUGUUCCAGAAGUAUCGGAGUCAGUGGAAAGAUGAUGUUUCAAAGGAACAGGGGUGCUGCAUUGUUAGUAGAAGCUGCGACCCAAACAGUGGGGAAAGGGAAAAAUCCAAAGAUGGCCAAUGGCUGGAAAAAAUUGUUUAUGGUAGUAUCACUUCGAAGUCUGAAUUGUUUACAUCAAGGAAAACAAUGGUGAAAAACAAGAGAAGUUAUGCCCAGUACCAUUUAGAUUUGGGUCAGUCUGAUUUUAACUUUCAUAGUUGUUCCACAUGUGGUUUUAAGUAUUCUCCUGGGGAUGAAAGUGAUGAGAAGGCUCAUAAGGAAUUUCAUAAGAACUAUACCCAUGGAAUUCAGUUUAAGGGUUGGUCUAGUGAAAGGGUUAUUCAGAUGCCUACCAUUGAAGGUGGUCAGAUUGUUAUGGUGUUGGAUAGUGAUUCUACUGCCCAAAAGAAGAAGGUUGUGGAAGCUAUGAAUAUGAUGGGGAUUGAGCUUGGAAGUGGAUUUAUUUUCCUUAAGUUUUGUAAGGUCUUACUGUUCAUUCUAUCCAAUAGGGUAGCUGGAUGCCUAAUUGCCGAACCAAUAGAGAAGGCAUUCAAAGUCAUCUCAAAUUCAGCAGACAAUGAUGCUAUUAACACAAAAGAACAAAGAACCAAACCAACCAUCCUCCAAUUUGGGGAUAUUAGUUUUCAGAGGGAGACAGUGAAAAGAUCUCAUUCUACUAGUAAUACUAACCUGUUGGAUGGAGACCUUGGUAGCACAGUUGUUUGCGAGGAGAUAGCAGUGCUUGCUGUCUAUGGCAUUAGAGCCAUUUUUGUGUCUCCUGUCAACAGAAGAAAAUGAAUAGCCACUUAGUUGUUGGAUGAAGUGAGGUAA